AUGGUUUUAGUUAAUCAUGUGAUUGAGACGACUUUCGCAGACUCGGACACUGUGUGUCGCAUCCAGUGCUACCUUAACAAUGACUGUGUGUCGUACAACCUUGGUCCUUCACCAGCACCUGGAAUGAUGGUCUGUCAACUGAACGACGCUGAUCGUUACCAACACCCACAAGAUUACCAGGAAAGACCAGGGUACUCGUACAGAGGAAGAAAGAGGUUGUUUCGGGGUUCAAAUUAUGAACUUUUCUUUGCAGAGCAAGGAGAGUGGCUAAAACUCAAUCAAAUUCCAGUUUGCACCGGGGCAAAAAACAACAGUUUCGGUACGGUAACGAUUCCUUUUAACGGCAAAGUCAAGAGACUUAAACUCGUCCAUGUCUCAGGAGGGGUGUCUUGGAGUCACGGAUCAAAUUGGGCCGGAAAAUGGGGCGAUACUUUAUUUAAUGAUGACCUAGAAAUCCACCUUACAGACAUCAAUAACACACGAGUUGCUCCUCCAACUGGAUACCCAGGAUUACACAGCAGUGGACGAUACUACACCAUUGAGAAUACCACUGUUAUGAGCCCUGAGUUGAUAUUUCCAACGUUUGUAUCCCGUUACACUUUAACAGAAGGAAAAACACUCAGGAUUUGGUAUGGUGAUGACUUGUACGACUAUAUGGAAAGCGAUAACUAUGGCCAAACAUGUGCUGAUUUGUAUGGGAUGUUUUAAGUUGUACGUACGUAGCAGGGACGGAUUUAGCUCUUUUUUUGAAACAAUAUAUUAACAAAUUGUAUUUGCAUAAGGUCUUUGCAUAUGGGCCGGCCAACCCUUUAUUUGAUUACUGGAUCCGCCCUUCCUUACAGUUGAAUGGUUGGUAAUAUGAGUCGACUGUUGUACGUAUAGAAUAUUGAACGUAGUGGUAGUGAGCGUAAGGGAGAGAGGGCCAAACG